AUGGUCUCCUUGGGGUCUAAGCUUCGAUUCCUGCUCACAGCAGGAGUCGGAUUCUUCGCAGAUGGAUAUCUCAACCUGACAAUUGGUCUAGGUACCGGUGCCUAUGCGGGUCUAUCUCUACUUCAAAACGAAAACAAAGGCUCAGUGCCAGCCGUCGAUGGCGAUAUCAUGAAAGGAGGGUUAAACUUGGGAACGGCCGUUGGCCAGAUCUCUUUAGAGUGCUCGGUGAACAGGGGGCCGACACACUAUCUACGGCAAGGAGCCAUUGACCACCAUUUCGGCACCCUCCUGGUCGGCCAGAUGCUGUGGGAGAAUAUGUCUUUCGAGAGCGUUACUGCUUGGAUCGUCAUCUGGCGUGUGGUGACUUGGGUCGGUAUUGACGCUGGUCUGUACUUCCUUCCGACUACCCAUGGUCCUCUACUUUGUUGGCGGAAAAGUCGCCCUAAGGAACGCGAACCGUCACAAGUCUUGUCUGUGUUCGCGAACAUCGGUCUCGGAAAUUUCGGUGCCAGUAGCGUAUUCCCGAUUCUGGGACGCGCGUUCAACAGUGCCAUCGCCCCCGAGUUGAGUCACCUGGAACGGGUGUGGCGCCUGCUGCUGGGUAUUGGCAUUGUCCCUGCUGCUUUGACUUUGUAUGCCAGGCUUAUGAUCAGAGAGACUGCUCGGUACAAGCAAUCCGUGAUCGAUCAAAACACCAGCCAGAAGCGCGGCUUGAAGGAGCAGUGGCCUGAGUUCUGCGAUUGCUUCAGUGGAAUCAUGCGAAGUCCCUUUUCACCACAUCUGCCUCCUUGUUUCUUUUGUAAGCACUCAUCGUCUCAAACUGUGCGUGUUGAAACUCAUUCUCCCAGUGACAUCGCUUCCUACGGUAUCAGCCUGAACCAGAGCAUCAUCCUUUCCGGAAUCGGGUACCCUACUGGCGCAACUCCGCUUGAAAAGCUCUGGAAACUGGCCACCAGAAACCUGAUCGUCCAAUGUGCCGGCUACCUCUCCAGUUUCUACGCUGGAAUCCUCCUCCCCGAUCGCAUCGGCUGCACGGUCAUCUGCGCCAUCUCACAGUUCGUCCUCUGCGCCGGUCCGAACGCAACCACCUUCUUGAUUCCGGCUGAGGUCUUCCCGACGCGAGUUCGUGGGUCGGCGCACGGUAUCGCCGCCGGGGCAGGCAAGUGUGGUGCAAUUCUGGCUGCAUUUGCCUUUGGGACAGUGGAGGAUGCUAUUGGUCUCAGUGACAUUCUGGGAUUGUUCUCGGGGAUCGUGCUUUUGACUGCGUUGGCGACACUAAUAAUACCAGAGACAAAGGAGCAGACUUUGGCAGGGAUCGAAGGAGAUAUGAUGUAUGGGGGUUCGUCGUCUACUACGGACUUAAACCCUGAUGUGGACGAUUUGGUAAAAAGGAAGGAGAAUGUCACGAACAGUGCUGUUUAA